CAGCCCUGUAGACAUCAGCUGAUAUUAAACGUUGACUAAAACUUAAUAUAAAAACUUUUUUUAACAAUUUUAAAAAAUUGUUAACUAUUUUAAACUUGUGUACCAAACUAUGCGUUUUACCAAAAAGAUAACCAAAGCUGCCCCAUUCGAUCAGCUGUUCGCGUUUCCCUUCUCCAAUUGGCAGGACGGCUGUCAAAACGUCAAAACAGUCUCGACUCAGAGAAAAGUGUACGAAAAUGAGGCGUGAAAAGCUUUAACACCGAAAACAAAAAUAAACAGAAGGCAUCCAAAAACUAACUCGCAUAUGCACAUAAGGAGAGUUGUGUAGCAAUGGGUGACAAGGAGGAGCCCACCACACCCGCGCCAUCGCCCACGGAGGAGGGAUUGUCGGAUAUUCCGGCCACUGGAGCGACCAGCGGGGUCAGCGGUGGCGCCAUCGGUAACGGCGGGGCCGGUGACCCACUCCCUAACAGUUCCACCGUGAAGAUUGUGAUCAUUGGAGCCGGCAUGGCCGGCUUAUCCGCCGCGAAUCAUCUCCUGCAGAACGGCUGCGACGAUUUCCUCAUCUUGGAGGCACGAGGUCGGGUGGGCGGACGGAUUGUGUCCAUACCGAUCAGCAACAAUCAAAAGAUUGAGCUGGGAGCCAAUUGGAUACACGGCGUCUUGGGUAAUCCUAUCUUUGAGCUAGCCGUGCAACAUGGUCUGGUCAGUGUUGUCAACGUUCCCAAGCCUCACAAAGUAGUGGCUACAACGGAGGAUGGGCACCAGGUGCCGUUCAGUGUGCUGCAGGAGAUCUACGAGGCGUACGUCUGUUUCUUGAGACGCUGCGACGAGUAUUUCCUCUGCCAGUACAGCCCCCCGCCAGACAUUCACAGCGUGGGUGAGCACAUAAACUAUGAGAUAGAAAUCUUUCUGAGCGCCGUGCAGGAUCCCAAAGAGAAGCGCCUGAAGCAGUCCAUAUUUAACUGCUUGCUCAAGCGCGAGACUUGCAUUACCGGCUGCAACAACAUGGACGAGGUGGAUCUCCUCGAGUUGGGCAGCUACACGGAGCUGCAGGGAGGCAACAUUGUGCUGCCCUCCGGAUAUAGCUCCAUCCUGAGACCUCUGGGCGCCCAGAUACCCAAGCAAUCUAUCGUAACUAAAUGUCCGGUAAAGAAGAUACACUGGAAGCGGAAAAAGACAUUUACAGGUCUGGAGACAGUCGACGAGCACUCGGAAGAUGAACACUCCGACGACUCGGAGCGGACGGUGACCGAAGUUCCCACCGGUGGACUUCGCGGCGAAUCCGUGGAGUCCAACUCCAGUAGCAAUUGUGAUUAUCCAGCUGGCAAUGUGCGCGUCGACUGUGAGGACGGCCGGGUGUUUCACGCCACACACGUGAUAUGCACCAUUCCGCUCGGCGUCCUGAAGUCCACACACCGCUCUCUGUUUGAUCCGGAGUUACCGCAAUACAAGCAGGAGUCCAUUGAGAAUCUCAUGUUCGGCACCGUCGACAAGAUCUUUCUGGAGUAUGAGCGGCCGUUUCUCAGUGCCGAUGUAUCAGAAAUUAUGUUGUUGUGGGACGACGACAAGCGCGACAUGAACAGCAGCGAGGAGGAGCUAGCCAGCGAGGCAUACCUUAGCAAGAACUGGUUCAAGAAGAUCUACUCGUUCGCCAAGAUAACAGAUACGCUUCUCCUGGCUUGGGUCUCCGGACGGGAGGCGGAGUACAUGGAGAAGCUGUCACAUGAGGUGGUGGCGGAGAAGUGUACGGAGAUCUUGCGAAAUUUUCUACAGGAUCCGUACGUUCCCAAGCCAAAGCAAUGUUUGUGCACUAGUUGGAAGUCCCAAGACUUUACGGGCGGAGCCUACACCUCAAUACCUGUGGGAGCCACCCAGGAGGACAUUGAGAAUCUGGCUCAGCCCCUGUAUUCCACGCCUCAGGCCACAAAGCCCGCCAUCGUAUUCGCCGGAGAGCACACGCAUUCCAGUUUUUACUCCACCGUGCACGGCGCUUACCUGAGCGGCCGGACGGCAGCGCAGCAUUUGCUGGCCAGCGAAGAACCGGAUGAGAUUAUAAUGGAGUCGGACGGCAGCGAUCUUAGCGCGUGGAUACAGGGUAUCGCCCUAGACUGAGCCCAAGCAAAUCAACGACAACUCAUCCUUUUUGUAUUAUAAUUUAUUUGCCUUUACUUUUACACGUUUCAAACGCUUUUAAGCUAGUGAUAUUUAAUUUCUUCAAUUGUAAUAUACAUAUAUUGUGCGAUAAUAGUGGACCGAA